CAACAUCAUUGUCUGCAAAAUGGAAGCCUCACUUCCAUACCACGAGCCUUCGAUAACAGUCAUUGCCAUUCUAUCGAGCUUUCUUCUUCUCUUGAGUUUAGUUAAUUAUGGCCUCGAUAAAAUCGCAUAUUGCGGUCUAAUUGGCCAAAUAGCGCUAGGUAUAGCUUGGGGAACACCAGGUGCAAAAUGGCUCUCCCGGGAGGUUGAAGAUGCGAUAGUGCAGCUUGGAUACCUUGGUCUCAUCCUCCUAGUUUUUGAAGGUAAUUCGAUUCCCAUUGAUGCAUAGACAGCUUUCUAAUUUGCGUUAUAGGCGGGUUGUCAACAUCUUUUAGAUCUCUCAAGGCUAAUCUUGGUCUUUCCUCUAUCGUGGCUACAACUGGAAUUGUUCUCCCAAUCGGUCUCUCUUUUGCAGUUAUGCCUAUGCUUAACGCAACUCCAUUGCAAGCCUUUGCUGCUGGUGCUGCUUUGUGCUCUACAAGUCUCGGUACAACGUUUACUAUCCUCGGCACAAGCGGUCUUUCUGCAACACGUCUCGGCGUUGUUUUGACAAGUGCUGCCAUGAUGGAUGAUGUCAUAGGCUUAAUCAUGGUCCAGGUUAUCUCAAACCUCGGUGGCGAUGCCUUUGAUGCCAUCACAGUCGUCAGACCUGUCGUUGUCUCUCUUGGUUUUGCAAUUACCAUUCCUGUUCUUUGCAGAUUCAUCGUUCUACCUCUUACUGUUCGACUCAAUGCUUUCCGAAAAGCCAAUCCGACUUCUAGAAUUUCAAAGGUUUUCGGUAUGAGUCAGACUGCUUUUGUUAUUCAUACCGCAUAUCUCCUAGGUAUAGUCAUUGGUGCGACUUUUGCAGGCACUUCGAGCCUCUUGGCUGCUUAUAUAGCGGGUGCGACUAUCAGUUGGUGGGAUUCCGAUGUUCCUCAUCUCGAAUCCCGAGAGACCGAUACCAAUGCGACUGAAGCCACGGGAGAAAGUGUGGUUACUGAAGAGUUGGCAACCCAAGAGCCGGCUCCAGAGAGCAGGGUUCUCACAAAGGUCAUGGAAGGUGGUUCAGGUGCCGAGAUCUUUCACCACUACUAUGAACCUGCCCUUCAACACAUUCUCAAGCCUUUCUUCUUUGCCUCUAUUGGAUUUUCCGUGCCCAUCACAAAGCUAUUCACUGGCCCCAUCGUAUGGCGCGGCGUGAUCUACACCAUCCUUAUGAUAUUUGCCAAGCUUGCUUGUGGUCUUUGGCUUAUGUCAUUCGAAAACCCUUUCCGGGCUCUUGUGCAGCUUUCUCAUACACUUUCGCCCAAGCUCAAAAAGUCUUCUAAAGGAUUGGUGCCUGGUGCUCAAUGCGCAGACAACUCAUCACCUCGCGAUGGGGCUAGUGCAGCGCAGGAAGGAGAAGGACGUGAUGCUGUCCCUCUGGAACCCGUCACUGACACAGAUACAUCUCAGGCGUCUCCACAAGUGCGUAACUCGACACCGAAGCCCGAGAAAGCCUUGUCUCUGUAUCCAGCGUGUAUCGUUGGCAUCGGCAUGGUAGCGCGAGGUGAGAUCGGAUAUUUGAUCUCGGCACUGGCUGAAAGCAAGGGUAUCUUUGGUGCAACGGCGGAUGGCCAGUCCUCUGAGAUCUUUCUGAUUGUCACCUGGGCUAUUACACUCUGUACGAUCAUUGGGCCGAUCUCUGUGGGACUGAUCGUGAACAGGGUUAGAAAAUUGGAGAAUGGGAGUCGCAAGGCAAAGGGGGAGGGAAGGAAGAAUGUUCUUGGGGCCUGGGGAGUGAGCUAGACUUCUCGCGACAUGAUCUUCGGAGUGAAGAGGCUUUCACUUUAUAUAUAAGUGCCUUUGAAGCAUAGUACUUGGACAGCGGGAUCGUGCCUGCAUUGUGAGAUUAUUCGUCUCACCUUGACGAAUUGCCAAAUAGGAUAGAAUCUUAUAGACUACAUAUGAUUGACAAUAUUUACCAGUGCGCGAGAUAUCCAAACUUAGUUACAUCCUUCUUCGUAUGCUAUUCGUAAGUAUCUAUACUAGGUAUCCUCGGCCAAGCAUGCCUAGACCGCUAUAGAGAAACGCGAGCAGACUUUGACGCGCCAACACUCAGUGCCUCCUGACUCAAAUCCACCCAAGGCGAUGAUUCUCGAGAUCCAGCCAUAGGGGUUUGGUUUGAGCUCUGUCUCAUCUUGUUCAAUG